ACAAAACCAAGAAAAUUUCAUACUCAACAUUUAAAAUCUUACGCUCAAGAAAGACACAGAGAACUCCAGAAAGCUCGUGCUCUCUUGUCGUAUAGAGAAGCAAAAGCUAGAAGACAGAAUAAAAUCAAGAGCAAGAAAUAUCAUCGGAUAUUGAAACGAGAACGUUUAAAGAGAGAUUUAAAAGAUUUUGAAGAAUUAAAGAAAACAAAUCCUGAAUUAGCACUGGAGAAAUUGAAAGAUUUGGAACGGCAAAGAAUUUUGGAACGUGUGACAUUAAAGCACAAAUCUACAGGCAAAUGGGCAAAGCAGCAAAAAUUGAGGGCCAAGUAUGAUGAACAAAGCAGGGAACAGUUGAGGGAGCAGUUGGAAUUGAGCCGGCAUUUGACAAAGAAAAUUGUGGCUCCAUCAGAGAGUGAGGAAGAAAUUCCUCUAAAUGACAAGACUUCAGAAGAGGACAAGUCCACUGAUGCUGUUGAGAAUCAUUUCUUUUCAUCUUCAAACCCAUGGUUAAAACAAGCACCUUUAAAAAUUAAUGAAUUAAACAGUAUGAAUGACAAAGUAGAAGAAAGUUGUGAAAAGGAAGAAGGUGUUUUAGAAAACAUAUGUCAAGAUGGCAUGCUUGAACAGUCCAAAGAUGGUGAUGACUGUAAGCAGUACUCAGAAAGCAAAGUCUCUCACUCUGUUAGCAAUCCAGAACAACUGAAUAGCUUCAUAUCCAAGAAGAAGCAGAAAAAUAAAAAACAAAAAAUUCUGAAAAUAUUGAUGAUAUAUUUGAUUCACUCGAAAAGAAAAUAGAAGAACAAAAGUCCGAGGAAAAAAAAGAGACUGUCAUUGGAUAGGAGAGAGUUUCAUAUUCCAGAUGAAGAUAAUAAAGAUGAAGAACCUCACAUGGAAGAAUGCUUAAUUAAUGAAACUUUAGUGCAGAAGCGAACACUAGAAGAUUUUGAAGAUAUGUCAGAACCAACACCAAAGCCAGUUGAAAUAUGUUCUGAUAAAAAAAACAUUAAGUCCUGUUCUAAACAUUCUGAGAAUAAGGGAGAGUGUGCUGAUGAUUCUGAAGUCCAGGUUGAUCCACAGAGUUUUGUGUGCGUCAGGACUCAAGAUAUCGACUCACAGGUACCACAGCUCCUUGAUGGUGGUGAUGAAGCAAUAGAUGAAGUUGAAGAUGAACAUAGAAUGAAUAUAGUGGAAGCCUUUGCUGAUGAUGAUGUUUUGAAUGAAUUCAGAGAAGAGAAGCGGUCAGUAAUUGACCAAGAUAAACCAAAAGAUGUGAAUAUUUUUCUGCCAGGAUGGGGCUCUUGGGGUGGGUCUGGAAUCAAACCAUCUAAAAGGAAAAAGCAGCGGUUCCUAAUAAAAGCACCACCUGGCCCUCCUAGAAAGGACCAUACUUUGGGUAAUGUGAUCAUAAAUCAGAAAAAAGAUGACAAGGCUUCCAUACAUCAGGUCAGUGAACUGCCUUUCCCAUUCAGAAAUGUCAAGCAUUUUGAAAAUAGCCUGAAACACCCUAUUGGGAGAACAUGGAAUCCAGAGUCAGCUUUUCACGAACUAACAGCUCCUACAAUUAUCACCAAAAUGGGAAAAAUAAUUGAUCCAAUUGAUGCUGAUGCUCUUGUGAUGAAGAAUAAACCAAAACAUCAAAAAAUGUUAAAUGAAAAAGAAAGUUUAGCAAAUAAAUUGAUUCUGUCUUAAAGUA